AUGAAGCUUUUAACUACCUUGGUUAUAUUUACUGCGGCUGUCUCUGCCUGCAGUGACCCUGCCUAUCGAUGCAAGCAUCCCCAGGGAAAUAAAGAUGGUGACUACUCUAAAACUGCCGAGAUCUGCGCAGAAAUAAGUAAUGGCGCAACUGAGGAUUACUGCUACCUUAAGAACGGUGAAAAUAUGCAGAAGUUCUUGGACUACUGCAAGGCGGAUGCGCCAUGGUAUCCCACGGCCUGUUAA